AUGGGCUUGUUGGGUUUCUUCGGAUUCCCCGAAAAGGGCGAACCUACGCGGCCGAAGCUUGUUGAGCUUAGGUCUGCCAAAUGGUUUAUAAUGUUCACUGUUUCUUUCGCGGCUUCUACGGAUAUUUUUUUGUAUGGCCUGAUUGUGCCUGUCACACCUACAGCAUUGGAGCGGAAAGUCGGUCUGUCACCAGAUAAAAUCCAAACAUGGACCUCAACUCUUCUAGCUUUAUACUCGGCGGCAUUAUUGGCUUUCUCCCCUGUUGUCGGGUAUGUAGCAGACCGCGCCGAAUCCCGACGGUGGCCCCUUCUCCUAGGCCUCGUUGCACUAGGGGCUGCCACUGCCCUUCUGUGUAUUGGAACUAAUAUCGGUUUAUGGGUCGUCGGUCGUCUUUGCCAGGGCGCUGCCGCAGCGGUUGUCUGGACCGUUGGCAUCGCGUUAAUGGUUGAUACGGUCGGUAAAGAAGGCCUCGGUCAGGCCAUUGGAUAUGUCUCUAUGUCAUUAAGUGUUGGCACUAUUGCUGGACCUCUUUUGGGCGGCGUCCUUUAUGAAAAUGGAGGAUACUAUUCUGUAUUCGGUCUUGCCUUUGGGUUAAUCGGCAUUGAUAUUUUCCUCCGGCUCGUCUUGAUUGAGAAGCGACAUGCUGCUCCCUGGAUAUCACCUGAAAUGAAGCCUUUGGCCUCUAGCGAGGAGAAGGGCAAAAAAAAGCCGUCCAUGGGUUCGAUCACGGCAUCUCCUGCAAUUGUCAACGAUGCGACAUCCGACACAUCUGCGGAAAAGCCAGUGGCACAUAGCCCUCUAAGACAGAUUGCCAGUCUUUUGAGCUCAUAUCGGCUGAUAGUAUCGCUCUGGGGGUACUUCGUCAUUUCAUUGGUGCUGACUUCCUUCGAUAGUGUUCUUCCAAUCUUCGUGGAGGAGACAUUCGGAUGGAAACAGACUGGACAAGGACUCAUCUUCAUCCCACUCAUGGUCCCGCAUGUCCUGGAUCCGAUCACUGGCUUUAUCAUCGAUCGUUAUCGCUGGACUCCGCGCUAUCUCACGGCGGCGGGAUUCCUCUGCGUCGUCCCCGUGGCGACCCUCCUGCGUCUUGUCAAGGAGAACACCAUGCAUGAUAAGAUUGUUCUUUGCGCCCUGCUCGCCUUGCUCGGAUGCUGUAUUUCCAUGGUCAUGACUCCGAUCGUGACGGAAGUAUUCAACGCAGUCCAAGAGAAGGAGGACAAAUCACCGAAUAUAUUUGGCCGUGGAGGGGCCAUGGCUUUGGCUUUUGGCCUUUCCAACAUGGGCUUCGCAGCAGGCAGUCUCAUCGGCCCAUUCUUCGCUGGGUUCAUUCGCCAGAAUGCUGGCUGGGGCACCAUGGGAUGGGCAAUGGGCCUGGUUGCUGGUGUGUCCGCAAUCCCCAAUUUGCUGUUCCUUGGUGGAUGGAUCCUAAGGAAGCCAAAGCCAGCUGCAGCUGGUGAUCAGCCAGAGUCAGAGAACUCUUAA